AGUCCGCAGCCAUCUGUUUCAGGGACGCCCGCCGCGUCAACGCCCCGCCGCCAGGCGAGGACUGCUCGCCGCAGCCUCGCGGCCAUGAGCUCCAGAGGGGCCGCCGCGCCCAUGCUGGACUCAGCGCCGCCCUGGAAUGUCGGGGGCCACUGUCUUUGGGAGUUCCCUGCUCUCACGACGGAGGCCGAGUUCUCCAGCAUCCUUUUUUGCACCACGCGCGGCGAGUACGCCAAGAUUGCCAAGUCUUCUCGCGGCCUCAAGGGCCGCUGUCUCGGGCAGGAGAUGCCGCCUCAAGAGCAGCACAUGGCCCCCCUGACGGCCGUCCCCUACCACUCGCAGCAGGUGGACCCCGUGGCGAGCAUGGGGAGCGCGCCCAGCCUCAGCCAGGCGCUAUGCUGCCUGUGUUGCUGGAACCCUCUCACCUGCGCGGGGGGCUGUGUCAAGGUGGACCAGAACGAGAGCAAGGCAGUGAUGUAUUGGGGGAGGUACUCGGGAACGUUGUCAGAACCAGGCAUGCACUUCCUCAACCCUUGGGGGAUACAAUUGCGGUCUGUGAGCACGAAGUGCAACACCAUGGAGCUUAAGGACAUCAAGGUCGUGGAUCAGAGGGGCAACCCCGUGAUCAUCAGCGGCGUCAUCACAUACAGGAACACUUCGGCGUUCAAGGCGUGCGUGGAAGUGGAGAACCCCUUUCAGUUCAUCAUGCAGCAGGGGACCACCGUCCUCAAGCAGGUGGCCAGCCGCUACCCGUACGGCGCGAACCCCGGCCAGCCCAGCCUCCAGUCCGAGUGCGCCGGCAUCUCCUCAGAGUUGGUGCGCGCGCUCCAGGAGAAGACCGCCGUCGCGGGCACGCAGGUCCUGAGCUUCGAGCUGGUCGACCUGGCCUACGCUCCAGAGAUCGCCCAGGCCAUGCUCGUCAAGCAGCAGGCCGAGGCCCUGGUCGACGCACGCCGCCUUAUCGUCGGCGCGGCCGUUGACAUGGCGCAGACCGCGGUGGCCAACCUCGAGUCUGGGGGCGCAAGCCUCAGCACCGAGGCGAAGGAGCGCAUCACGACCACGCUGCUGGCGGUGAUCUGCUCGCACAGCCCCGCGACGCCCACGGUGCCCCUGUCGGGUUGAGCCGCGGGCUCGGCGCCCGAUGUCUAGCCAUCCGAGGCGACAGAUCGGCAUGUUCCAAAAGUUCCCCACGCGACAGGGCGGGCGCCUGGUUUCUCUAAGAAGCCUGCACAGGGCGCCCUCUUUGAAGGCCAGCCACGUGAGGGCGUGGCCGGACCCAAGCCUGUGUUCCGACGCAGCCCCAGGGCUUAGCAUUCGUGGUGCUACGGCGGCCGAGGGCAAAA